AUGGAUGUUCCUUCUUCUAAAACUGACAACAAUGGAUACGUAAAUGUUAAACCUGUUGUAGGUGUUCCAACGACAACAUCGACUUCUACAACAAGCAGUACCACCAGCACCACCUCUUCAACAACAUCAUCAACAACGUCAUCAACAACAUCUUCCACAACAUCAUCAACCACAUCAUCUACAACUUCAUCAACCACAUCAUCAACAACGUCAUCAACAACGUCAACAACUACCCCAACCACAACUACAACAAUUACUACCACUACUGCUCCCCCGAGUACAACUGUACGUCCAGUAACUUCAAGGUCGCUGACCUGGCUGUACAUUCUGAUCCCAUGUCUUGGAGCGCUGAUCAUUCUCGUCAUUGCUAUAUGCUGUGUGUACUACUUUAAAGCCUCAAAAGAGAAGAAAUUUGCAAGGCGGAAAGGAAUACUUAAAGCGGAUAUCCAUCCACUUGGUGAGGUUUCUCAGAGCUUGGAUAUUCCGUUAAGCAUGGAGAAAGGAUACGUUCACGCCAAGGAUGACUUGCUCCGCUCUAUAAAGGCAAAAGCAAACGGAAAAGAUAGACGUCUGGGGAACAUCGAAGAGCCAUCUGUUGCCCUUAACCUGAACGGCAGUUCGUGGCAUGACGCCUCGGGUCGCCGCUCCAGCGCAGUAACAGGAAGAGAUGUUGUUGUCGAGGGAAUGAGUGACUCUGGACAGUCGCCGAAAAGCUUAUCUGGGGGGAGUUUUAAAGAACAACCUCCUUCCGUUUUUGGAAAGAAAGGUUCGUUAAGGACAAUGCAACAUAUGCGAGAGUACGACAAGCUAAGAGGGCAAAAUAUACGCAAUUCCAUCCCCGAUGCUUCACAACUCGAGCGGUCUGCAACGGGUUUACAGAAAGUUAUUGAGCCUACAAGUAAAGUCCAAAGUCUAAAAAGACCCAAUUCGUCUGUAAAGACUUCAAGGAAAGCCAAUACGGUUACCACUGGAUUAGUAAGGUCCAAUUCAAAUGUAAGACCAGUCAGUAGCAGGGCGAAGAAUACCAUUUUACCAUCAGGACCAAGGUUAGCGCGCAGAGGGAGCAUAGACGAAAUGGUAAUCACGAGGGAUGCAAACAAAGGCAAUGCACGAAGUAAACCAUUGCGGGCUGGAACGAUAAUCCUGUCAUCGGAUAAUGUAGGAAAAGACAAGGGACACCCGACAACAUUAGAAAACUUACCUGAUGAAUUCAGCGUAAACCAGCCCAAAGUUGAUGUCCGAGCGUUUGACCAGCCACUGACACUGUCGGAAAUUCCAGAUGAAUAUUGUUCAUCCCCGACCCUACCAUUUCCAGAUAUGGCAGUCCCAAGACCUCCAUCUCUAGCGUCAGUGCCCAUAACAAGCUUGCCCGAAGAAUUUAGUGUAAAUCAUUCCAAGAUUGAACCUAUUCCAGAAAGACCAAGUCUGAAAAAACAAGCGACUCGUCCUAGUUUACACGUUCCUGGAGCUUCACGAAAAUCAUGGAGAUGAUUGUUAUUACUUUGUUGUUUGACGAUCAUUUUAAGGAUUGAUCGCAUUUGUUCUUGCAUUUAUGAACGCAGUAGGGCACGUGAGCAAAUUCCAUGAAAAGCGUUAAACGCAAGAAAAAAUGCGAUCAAUACUUAUAUUUACAUUUACCAAAAAAAGUGUUUACGAUUAAAAAUAAGCAGUAUCUUCUGCAAAUGGGUAUAUAUAUAUAUAUUCAUAAAGAAGUCAAACCGACAACAUUCGUUUGUAUAAAAAAAGCUGUUUUUUUUGUAACGUCGGAAAUCAUUGGUUAAAUGACGUCGCGCUAAUAUAAUCAAUCCAAUCGGAGCGCAUUAUUUAAGUGAACAAUGACGUCAUAACUCCUUGCGUUUUAUACAAUAUGAACGUGUUAUCUAUACUGGGCAGUUGCCUAAUUGCGGAUUUGCCUAAAUAUUCGGAAAUCGUUUAAAAAGCGUUUCGGCGACCGGAAUCAAUAUAGAAUGAUCACGGUCUACACAACUGACUUCCAUAGCAACAGAAACAACACAAAAGUGCAGCUUUUCGAGUAUAACCCCAAAAUAAAUACCUCUAAACUUUCGCUUUCCUAAAUGUCAAUAUUGAGUCACUUGGGGGAUGACGUCACACAGCGCGAGCUUUUAUAUUGAGGUUCGACAGGGUUAUCUUUAAACACUAGACCACUAGAACACUAUAUAUAUAUAUACACGAUGUUUAUGCCUUAUCGUCAAUCACGAAAUACAAUGCCAAUAACAUAUAUUUACACCUCAACUUCCAUUCCUUAAAUGAACGUCAUUUCGGCAAUUGCGUGUAUCAAUCGAUGAACUUAUUUCGUACUGAAUAUUAUAUUAUAAUUGAUUGUUUUUUUUUCUUUUAUUCUUUUUCCAUUUUGGUUGCUUCAUAGUACCCAAUAUUUUUCUAUUAAAAUUUCAUGCACUUAUGUUCAGUAAUUAUGACAAUAUUUUAAGAAAACUUCAAAAUUGAUCCGGAAUUAGGCAACUGCCCAGUACAAAGUACCAGACGAAUGUAAAUGCAUGUAAAUAGCACAUAAUGGCUGGAUUGUUCAUAACUUUGUUAAAGUUAACAAAGGGAUUAACGACUUCGUUGUUAACGUUUUAAAGGCAAACCAUUUGAUGAUAAGCUCAAAUAUUUAAACAAAACAAUAUCAAUUGUCUCACCUCUUGUUGGCAACACUGCGGAUCAUAAGUGUAUCUGUGAACAGAGGAACAUUGAUUUGAAAGUUAACAACGAUGGCGUUAACAACAUUGUUAACUUUAACAAAGUUAUGAACAAUCCGCUCACUUAUGAAUAAUAUUUGCAAUAAUAUAUUUAAUUCUUUCUUUUUUUACUUGCAUUUUUUAUUUUUCAUUAUAUAUUUGUAAAUUUUAUUAAUAUUUUGUGUACUAUUUUGACGU